CAAACAUCUCAAGUGACUUCAGGCAGUGGCCACUCUUGUAGUUGUACGUCUAAUUGGAGUAGCCCACUACAACGACAAACGAGUGACCUGGAAUAUCUUUGCUGUACAGACGCGAAAUAACUUAUUCAGAGCGACUGCACUGACUGGACCAUCAAUAAUAUGGGCAAAGGCAAAUUAUUUCUCUUGGUUGUUUGGAUAUACUUAGAAAACAUUUGCACUGUUUUCUCAACUACCGCUGAAGUGAACUAUUUUGGUAACAUCACAAUAAAUGGCACAGACUGGCUCAUAGACUUCUCAGACAUCGAAUCUAAGUUUGCCCUGCGGACAGCUGAAGUACCUGAUGAUGACCUGUGCUAUAUUGAGCCUGGCCAAGUUGAGAGCAUCGUAGAGUGUGAAUUCAACUCCGAGGCCAAGACCUUUAUCGUUAUACAUGGCUGGACGGUCACUGGCAUGUAUGAGAGUUGGGUCCCCAAGCUGGUGACGGCUCUGUAUGAGCGUGAGCCCACUGCUAACGUCAUCGUUGUGGACUGGCUGACCCGAGCCCAGCAGCACUACCCGACCUCCGCCGCAUACACCAAACUGGUCGGACGAGAUGUUGCCAAGUUUGUCACCUGGUUACAGGGUACGCUUGACUACCCCUGGGAGAAAAUUCAUUUUCUGGGCUACAGUCUUGGUGCCCAUGUGGCGGGAAUUGCUGGACUGCUGACCAGCAGCAAAGUGAACAGAAUCACAGGUCUUGACCCAGCUGGCCCCAGCUUUGAGUAUGCCGACUCACAGAGCACCCUCUCUCCCGAUGACGCCAACUUUGUGGAUGUCCUACAUACCAACACACGAGGAUCCCCAGACCGCAGCAUCGGUAUCCAGAGGCCAGUUGGCCAUGUUGAUAUCUACCCCAACGGUGGGACCUUCCAGCCUGGCUGUGACCUGCAGAAAACAAUGAAGAUGAUCGUGUCCACAGGUUUCUCAAACAUGGACCAGAUCGUGAAGUGUUCUCACGAGCGCUCCAUUCACCUCUUCAUCGACUCGCUGGUGAACGCACAGGAGCAUCAGAGCAUGGCUUACCGCUGCAGCAACAAGGAGUCCUUCGACAAGGGUGUGUGUCUCAGCUGCCGCAAGAACCGCUGCAACAAGCUGGGCUAUGAAAUCAACCGUGUGCGCAUGCGCCGAAGUGCCAAGAUGUACCUGAAGACCAGAGAGAUGAUGCCAUUCAAAGUUUUCCAUUACCAAUUGAAGGUGCACUUCUUCAGCAAGGAUGAACUGAGCUUCACAGAGCAGCCAAUCAGAGUGUCACUGUACGGUACCCAUGGAGAAAAAGAGGACAUCACCCAUGUCUUGCCUGAACUGAAGACGAACGUCACCUUAUCUUUCCUCCUGACCACUGACGUGGACAUCGGGGAGCUGCUGAUGGUGAAGAUCACUUGGGAUAAAGAUUCUUAUUUCGGCUGGUCAGACUGGUGGAAGAAAAGCAACUUCCACAUCCGCAGACUCAGAGUCAAAGCAGGAGAGACACAGGCCAGGGUGAUCUUCAGCUCCAAAGAGGGGGAGUUUGCGUACCUGACCAGGGGAGGGGAGCCUGCUGUAUUCGUCAAGUCAAAAGAAGACCAGACGAGUCGCAAACAUGAAAGGCUUCACAAGCUGAAAAUGCAUGGAAGCUUCUUUAAGCAGAACACUGCAUAAGAUGGACUUAAGAAGACACAUCUUUGGAGUGGAGAGAAGCAUGGACCUGUGCCUGUGUUAAAUGUUUUUUCUCUCUCUCAUCAUCGGUGACAUUGGGCGGACGUUUGUAUCAAUCAUGUUACAUCUAUUUCCACAUUCUCAUGAGAUUCCACAGCUGCUUUUAUGAUGUCAGACCUUUUAUUCUUUGCCUCUCUCUGCCUCAACUACUUGAAUCAGUGUUUACACAGGUUUCUGAAAUACUCAAUAUUUUUGCAAGUUCAUCAAGCAUCCAGAAUGUGUUUUUUGAAAUGUCAUUCAGACUAAACAUAUGCCUGACUUUGUAGAGAUAGAAAGGAUGAACCUUUAAUAUACACUAUAGUGCCUAUAGGGUUUUUGUGUAGGGAAAAAAAAGCACAAAAUCAGUUGAAAUGAAGAGACAUUGUUUAAACAUUCCCUCCAAAUUAGUGGAUGUCCACUGUUGUAAAUAACAAUCAGAAAAGGAGAUAUUAUACAACAGUUUUAGAAGCUGUGUAGACCAUGCUUUAGAAUUACUGUACUGUGUAUGGUAAAGGUUACUGGAUGGUUAUGAAAUGAAGUUUGGCCUAGUUUAGUGCAAUAACUACUGGCUUAAAUGUAUUCUUGACAGAAAAAUUAUUAUUGACUGCUAGGGUUUAGUAGUAGAAGACUGUUACUGUGAUGAGCCCAUAUAAUAUUUGAUGUUAUUGAUGCAAGCGUUGUAUUGAGCAUGCCUGGGUAAAAUUCUAUUUUAAGGGGGACCGGAUUCAGUAACAUUUGGUGCCCUGUUCAUAUGUACUUGGGGAAAAUACAAUGCCAAGAACAGACCCUUGAUUACUGAAUCCAGUCUUCGUCUGUGGUCACUACAUUAUUCACCUUGCCUAUUAUCCGAUUUAGUUGGAACAGAACAGAACAGAAAGGUCUCACUUAUAAGGAUGGCACAUUCUUACGACUUCAUAUUUCUCUAUCAGCUGUAGAAUCAAUUAAGAACUUAAAAUGAAAAGAAUGAUUACUUACUCAGCAAGAAAGUUCAUAUGUAUUAGUGCUCUUGCCAUUGUAUUAGAUAUAAACUUACAGUUGCUACAUGUUGAACCUAUUAAUUGUCAGAAAAGCAAAUGGUGGGAAAUUAUUAUUUGCUUUGUUACAUAGCUGAAUUGUUGCAACUUUUUGGACAAGCAUUUCGCCAUGCAUACUGUUACCUUAAAUAUGAGCAAUCAUCCUGUGCCUUACCCAUUCACUGUUGCCAAAGCAGAGGGACCAAAGACAUAGACAGUCAUUAAAUAUCAAAUGAAGUAUUGGAUUUAUUUCUUUAUAUACAAGAGAUUUUUCCUUCUUUUUUGUGUGACUAUUCUUUUCAUUACUAGUCAUUUUCCGGGAUCAAAAUGACUUGAUUCCACUUGAAAUUAUAUCUUAGGUUCAGAAGUACUCAACCACUGUUUCUUGAGUCGUCCCAGUCAUCUUGAGAGGACUGUUGAUAUGAACAAUCAUUACUUUAUCAUUACCAUAACAAUGACCAAGAACAUGUUAAAAUAUUGCAGUGUCCAUGGUUACAUUUCUUUUUAGAAUAGUAGCACAUAAUAGCCAUACAUAUACUAACAAUGUUUCAUAUUUUAUUUAUUAAAUGUAUAUAUUUGUAUAUUAAGUUUAAUAUAUUAUGCCAUGGUUCAAAUGUGUUUUUUUCAAUUCCUCCUAUGUAUUCUUUUAUUAUGUAUUUUGAUCUAAUUGGUUUCGGUGAGCUGAACGCUGUGAACUAUGCCAAUUCACCUUAACGAAGUGAGAAGUGGCAUGCUGUAUGGUAAUCUUUGUGUAAUAAACUGGACAUAUUGUGAA